AUGGAUAGUGAGGAGAGCUUGUUGGUUCUAGUCUACUGCUAUGGUAAAAUUAAAAAAAGUAAUAGGCAUGGUGUUAAGUUCACGGAUAAAGAACCGUUGAGCAUUUUUAUUCGUUCGACGGAUACUUUGUCGGAUCUGAAGAGGAACAUAUUGCAGAAGGCAGGGUUGUGUGGGGCCAAGUUGGUGAAGAAGCUACUCUACAAGAUUCUGAUGACGGUUCUGUCAAGUGCAGAGUUUUUCGGAGGUGAGAAUACACGAGUUGUAUGCCAAGUUAGAAGACCGAGUGGACAGUUCCGGGGCUUCAGCGCCAAAUCCCCAGUCGAUGAUGGUGGGGGUGCUUCCACCUCGAUGCCUGUCGUUGCACCUGGUUGUCUCCUAGCUGCACCUUCACUUGCUUUAGCACCAGCAUCUAGGUCAUCUGGUUUGAUUACUGGUCUUGUUGGUGGUGGUGAACCGGAUCACGUUGAGGACGCGAUGUGGGACGAUGAUCCGGAUCACAUAUCUGGGGAUAGUGAGGAGGACACUCCUGUGUCCCCACCUGCACCUCAGGUGCCGUCCAGUUCUGGGUCCCGCCAACAACCGCCGCAUUUCUCAACGCUUAACCUGGAAGCAGUGAGUCAACAACCGAAUGAUGCACACACCUUCGGAUACCAAGGAUUACACAACGGCAAUGCUUCUGAUGAAUUUCAGAUUGGCCAAUCUUUUCAGACUAAGGAUGAAGCUGUGAUGAGUGUUAACGAUUAUAGCAUUCGUCCUGGAGUUCAGUAUCGGGUUAUGAAAUCUGAUCAUCUGAAGUAUAUUGGGAGAUGCAAGAAGUUCGGAAACGGCUGCACCUGGAUGAUCCGUGUGGCACUUCGGCAGCGCAAGAGUACCUGGGAGGUUAGAAGGUACAACGGAGCCCACACUUGCCUGGCCACAUCGAUUUCGAGCGACCACCGACAGCUCGAUUACCACGUAAUUUGUGCGAGGAUCUAUCCGUUGGUUAGGGCGGAUGCAGCGGUUACCAUAAAGGUGUUGUAA